CACGAUGCAUCCCAAACUUCAAAAUUUCCAAAUUUUCCUCCAAUCUCCCGACCUCCAAAUCCCAACCCAAACCCUAACCCUAUCCCCAAUUCAGACCCCAACUCUCCGCCACCUCAAGCUCUCAAUUUUCUCCCAUGCCCUGCCAUCGCUUUACUUCACCGUCAAUGGUAAGCCCCUAAACGACUCCACUCCGCUUCUCGAUUCUCAAAUUACCCCGCUUUCUACUCUAAUUUUACGAAUUAGGGCUCUUGGAGGCGGCGGCGAUGGUGGCGCGACCGGGGCGGAGUCUCGCGACUGCUAUCUCAAAAUGUACGCGGAGAAGAAGCCCGAUAAGGUCGACCCGAACGAGCAGAGGCUUUCGAAGUGGCUCAAUUGCGCGCUGUCGAACGAGCCAUUGAAGGAGCCGUGCGUGAUGGAUUUUCUAGGGAAUGUGUUUAACAAGGAGGCUCUUGUGGAGGCGUUACUAGGGAAGAAGGUGCCCAAGGCGUUUGGGCAUAUAAAGGGGUUGAAGGACAUGAUCAGUAUUCAUCUUACCCCAAUUACCGGGGCUGAAUUCAAUCGCCAAUCGGUUGCCGGGCCGCGGUUUCAGUGCCCCAUUACCGGGGUUGAGUUCAAUGGUAAAUGUAAGUUUGUGGGAUUAAGAACUUGUGGGCAUGUGUUGAGUUCAAAGGCUAUGAAGGAGAUAAAGUCGUCGACUUGCCUUGUUUGUCAUGUGGGAUUUUCGGAGGCGGAUAAGAUUGUGAUUAAUGGGAAUGAAGAGGAAGUUGCGGAGUUGAGGGAGAGGAUGGAGGCCGAGAAGGCGAAAGGGAGAGUGAAGAAGGUGAAAAAGUCCAAAAACGGGGAUUCUGGUGUGAAUGGUGGAGAGGAAGAGGGUGUGGGUUUGGAGGCCUCCCGGUUGAGUGGAACCAAGCAUGGCAUUGAUGCUAAGGCUGUGGAGAAGGCUUCAGCAAAGGUCGAGGUAAAUGGGAAGGGUGUGAAUGGUGGGGCUAAUGUGAAGGAUGCAAGUAAUGGUGGGGCGAAGAGGUUCAAGGCGGUGGAUAUGGCCCCUGCUAAUGCUACUAAGGAAGUGUAUGCGUCCAUCUUCACGUCGUCAAGGAAGAAGGACUUCAAGGAAACAUUUUCUUGCAGAUCUCUUCCACUUGGUAGAAACUGAUUGAUGGUAAGGUCUAAGAGAAAGGAAUACUGUCUUAUUUGUAAUGUGAACAAACAUAUCAUUAAUAAGACACUUAGACUUGUUAUAUACUUUUCGGAACCUUUGUUCUUAUAUUGGUAGGAUUCCGAUAUUGGUAGGAUCGUGCUAUGCUUUUGUUAUUCCUGCAGCUGUAGUAUGUAAAGAUUUGUAUGUUCAAAUAGUGUGAUCUACCUGAA